UGUUCUACUUGGUUAUAACCAUGACUUUAAAAUUGGUGUUGAUGGAGCCAUUCCCUCUCUAUUUUGGCCAUUAUUCUACGCCCAACAAACUCUUAUCAAUCUGCCAUAACCAUCAUGUCUUUAACAAAUAUCAAAUCCAUUACUGCCACCUAAAAAAUCCCAGAAGGAGGAAGCCAUUCUUGUUGAACAUAAAUGGCGAUAAAAGGAGAUUAUCAUCAAUAACAGCUGCUUCAACAGCAGGAGGAGGAGGAGGAGGAGGAGGAGGAGGAGUUCCACUUCCACCACUGGAUUUGACAGAAGAUAACGUUAGACUAGUCAUGGCCGAAGCUCGCGUUGAGCUCGCACAGCUCUUUGACACUUCUGUUGGCAUAACAGGAGUGGCUGAACUAGCUGAAUUGGAUGGACCAUUUGUGAAGAUUAGUCUGAGGGGUCGGUUUUGGCACCAACGUUCCACUGUUGUUGCCAGACUUGGCAAUUAUUUGAAGCAGAGAAUUCCAGAAAUCUUGGAGGUAGACAUUGAAGAUGAGAAACAACUGGAUGACAGUCCAGAAAACUUUUAAGGACUCGGUGCUAAUUUCUUUACAUGUUUGACACUUCCACCACCUGCAUUUUAGUCCUCUUCGGAAAUUCAACUUUUACAGUUGAUCCCAAUGUCAUUCAGAUUUCAUCCCUGAAGGUGCUUCAACAAAGCCUUUUAAGUACAUGAACGAAGUGUAGAAUUGUCAUCUACCGGCCAGUAUUGUUCAGGCAAUGCUGACGAUUUUCCAGGAAUGUUUCUAAUUUUUCUAUCAGUUGAAAAGGAAAAUAAAUCAUUAUGUAAUACAGUUGGAUCUUUCUUGAUAGAGCAUCAUGGAAAUGAUUCCUUUUACAUCAAAA